UUUCUCUCUCUCUCUCUCUCUCUCUCUCUCUCUCUCUCUACCCUUCACCACCUCCUUUUCCCUCUCUUCGUUCGCGUCUCCCCUUCUACAGAGCGCUCUCGACGCAGAGACGCGACCUGACACGAUGCAGCAGGAGCUGGUGCGUCCCACCAAUGGCGACCGCCGCAAGCCUACGAUCGGAUCCGGAGCGUUCGCCUCUUUAGAUCAACGGCUCUCGUCCCCUCCUCACCUCACCAACGGCGCCGAUUUCUUCUACCCGUACUCUUUCUUCUACCCCACCGAGGACACCCCUCCGAACGGUCUCUCCUCCCGCUCCGCGGCGCGCUCGAGCGGCAACCGCUACGCCUCGAACCAGCCACCGCCACCCCACCAGCAGCAGCAGCGGCAGCUUCCUCCGCCUCCUCCCCCUCUCAUUGUGCCUCCGCCUCGGGCCCCGCCCCCACCCGCCCCUNCUGGCAAGCCGAGCCCCCGCAUCCCGCCGCCCCCGCUCGUCGACGAGUUCCGCCGCCUCGGCCUCGGGGACCCCCCCGCAGAGGCGAGCCCCACGAGCGUGUUGGGGUUCCAGGACCCGCAGAGCAGGGCGGCGAAGGCCGCGGGCGCCGCGGAGAAGCGCGUCGUGCUCCCGAAGAGCAUCUCGAUCCGAUCCAACGGCUAUCUGAAGCUGAACCAGAACCAGGGGUGCGUCGGCGUCGGCUCGGGCACGAACCGCAAUGGGCGGCUCCGCGUCCCGAGCCCCGUCAGGGCAGGCACCCAGCGCGUGUACGUGGGAGUCGGGGUCGGCAAGAGGGGAGGGGAGAGAGAAGGGAGAGGCGAGAGGGAGGACGGGGAGGGGGAGGGCGAGGGGGAGGAGCCGGGGAAGGAGGGAAUGGAGUUGGAGGUGUACAACCAGGGGAUGUUCAAGACGGAGCUGUGCAACAAGUGGGAGGAGAGCGGGGAGUGCCCGUAUGGGGAGCACUGCCAGUUCGCGCACGGCAUCGGCGAGCUCCGCCCCGUCAUCCGCCACCCGCGCUACAAGACCGAGGUCUGCCGCAUGGUCCUCGCCGGCGACGCCUGCCCCUACGGCCACCGUUGCCACUUCCGCCACGCCCUCUCCCCCUCCGACCGCCUCCUCCUCCACCCUUAGACCUCAACUCCAUCAUCAACCAUCAUCCGUAAGCAAAUCACUCUCAACUCUAAAUUCCACCCUCACACACGCACACGCACACGCACACGCACACGCGCACGCGCACCCGAAUAGAAUAAAACAGUAAAUUGCUAAAA